CCAGCCCAGCCAGCAUCAGCCCCUGAGAAACCUUCUCUGUCUCCUCAGGUUUCUGAUCCCGGCGCUCAGAAGCCCCAUGCUGUGAUGCCAUCCUGCCACAUGCCGAGUUUGAGGCAUCCAUCCAAGUGGAUGUUUCCCCCUCUCCUCCUAUUCCUGGCUGAGCUCGGCUGCAAAGCCCAACCCACGUACCCAUGGAAGGACCCCGUGACGAGCGAGAGGCUCACGUGCCAUCAGUGCCCGCCGGGGACCUUCGUGUUUCGGCACUGCAGCAGGGACAGCCAGACCGUGUGCGAGCCCUGCCCGGAGCUGCACUACACGCAGUACUGGAACUACCUGGAGAAGUGCCGGUACUGCAACGUGAUCUGCGGCGAGAAGCAGGUGGAGGUGCAGCAGUGCGAUGCCACGCACAACCGCGUCUGUCAGUGCCAGGAGGGAUACUACUCGGACAUGGAGCUCUGCAUCAGGCACUCCGAGUGCCCGCCGGGCUCCGGCGUGGAGAAACCAGGUACCCCCUUUGAGGACACCAAGUGCCACGAGUGCCCCCCCGGCUUCUUCUCCUCCAACUCCAGCACUGAUCCGUGCCAGCCACACCAGGACUGUGAGCAGCAGGGGAAGGUGACCAACGUUCAGGGCAACCAGUUCCACGACACCCUCUGCACCUCCUGCAGACUGGGGAAAGGCAACACCACGCAGGGACCAGCUGUAGAGGACGACUGUGAACAAGCCAUGAUAGACUUUGUGGUGUAUCAGAACAUCCCCGUCAAGAAGCUGAAGCGUCUCCAGCAGAUCCUGGAGCGCUCACCAAGGAAGCAGCAACCAUGGACCAGGGCAGCCAUCCAGGAGAAAUUCCGGACUUUCCUCACUCACAAGAAAGAGGAGCACUACGAGGUCAUCAAGAAGCUGCUGGACGCGCUGCGCCUUGUCAAGCUCCACUCCAUCGAGGAGGAGGUUCGCAAGCGCUUCCUGCUGCUCUGAGAGCACGAGCUGGACUUUUUGGGUGCUUUUUGGUUUGGUUUUUUCCUUCUGUGCCUUCAUUAAUUUAUUCAUCUUUCCAAGCAUAACUUGAAAAGCAGCAUGAGAGAUGAGUGAUGGGUUGGAGCGACACUGUGCUGUGGCAUCGGUGGGAUGGGAUGGAUGGGAUGGGAGGGAUGGGAUGGGAUGUGUGAACAGCAGUGUCCCUACAAUGGCACAGCUCUGGGAGCUCUUCAGGUGUUGGCCACUGAUUUUCCAGCCCUUGACAAGGGUCAAUAUUUUAUCAGAAGAGAAACCUGCACCCAGGGUCAUUAUUUCCGUGAAGAACCCAGUCCUCCUUGGAGAAAACUGUCUGGCUUUGUUUUAAACUGUGUAAGUUUGGUUUCGUUGGAGGGUUUAAUUAUGUAAUGGUAUUUCCCACUGAGGAUUCACUUGCAUUUGUUUGUCACACUUUAGUUUGAGAAGGCAGUUGCUGCUGAGGCACAGGGUGGCGGAAAGUCACUGGUACACCCAGCUUGAAAUGUAUUUCUUA